AUGAUUCCAUAUAAGAACCAGAUGGCGAUGCCCUGGCAGACUCAAGCAUUAUUGGAUUUUCCGCUAUUUUCUGGUAUGUGCGCAUGGUUAUGUCACAUAGGUGUGGUGCUCCUCGACACCUUUGACUCUUCAGUAUUACGAGCACAGACGUUUUAUACAAACGAAGUGGCGGCGGAUAAGGAAUGUAUCAUCAUCGAGCAGUCUAGAGGCAUCUCUCCGAUUCAGAAGUCGGGAAAUAGACAGAGCUGCACCAGAACUACGUCAAUUGCCCAUCGUCUGCGCCAACUCUGUGACCAGUUUGAAUUGGAAUUUGAGGGCCAAGGAUUGUUUCAUGGUGCUGCGAAAAGUGACACGGAAGACUGGGUAAAGUGCAUACAUAUAAUUUCAAUUUUGAGUGU